AUGAGAAACUACACUCGUAAGCAGUGGUUAACGCUCAUCGUGUUCUGCAUUGCACACUUCUGUAACGCCAUGUGCAUGUCAAUACAAGCACCAUUCUACCCACAUGAAGCUGAGAAGAAAGGUGCCACAACCAUGCAGUACAGUUUCGUGUUUGCAGUUUUCGAACUGGUAGUGUUUAUUGUGUGUCCAAUAUACGGACAGUUCUUGGAGAGAAUAGGGGUGAACUUUAUGAACAAUGCUGGAAUUUUUACUGUUUCAGUAUCUUGCAUUUUAUUUGGGUUUCUUAACCGAAUGAGCGGACCAACAGUUUUCUUAACAUUUUCGUUCAUCAUUCGGAUAAUGGAAGCGCUAGGUAAUGCCGCCUUCCUCACCACAGCUUUCAGCAUUAUAGCGCAGGAGUUCUCCUUGAAUGUUGCUUCUGCUUUUGCCACUCUCGAAACUUUCUACGGUCUUGGCAUGAUAGCGGGACCCUCAGUCGGCGGCGCUUUGUACGAGUUGGGUGGCUUCACUCUGCCUUUUGUGGUGCUCGGUAGUUUGUUGAUGGUCGCAGCAGCCAUGGUGUGGUACUUUUUACCUGUUGAAAGUAGUCGCACACGACCAACAUCAAGAUACACGGUGUUUUUGCUUAUGAGGAAACCAAAAAUAUUCCUUUUUGCCUUCACAACAAUGUCGGGAUCUAUGAGCAUUUUCUUCUUGUUUGCAACUCUGGAGCCCCACAUACGUCCUUGGAAUCUCGCCCCUCUGGAGAUCGGUCUAAUCUUCGUUUUAGACGGCUUCGCGUAUGCCGUUUCUGCGCCGAUUUGGGGCCGUUUAUGCGACAGAUGUCUUCCAGAGCGAGCUGCUACAACGAUGGGGGCUUUAACAGUCACAGUUGCUUUCUUGCUGUUGGGUCCUUCACCCAUUCUACCCAUAAAAAACAGCUUACCUCUGUGCAUCUGUGCCUUGGUGAUUCAUGGCAUUGGCUUCGGGGCCGAGAUGGUGGCCACUUUCAGCGGAGCGAAGAAGGAUGCCGUCGAGGCUGGGCUUCCGGACGAUCUCGCAACCUACGGCCUAGUGUCUGGACUCUGGAAUUCUUCUGUUGCACUUGGCGGCUUCAUCGGGCCAUCCAUCGCCGGGGUCAUGUUUGACACCAUUGGAUUUGGUUGGGGAACCUUCAUCAUUGCCCUGCUUCACCUAUUUGUAGCCAUUGUCACAAUUUCUCUAUCUUGCUACUACCGCUACUACCCAGACCAAGAUUUUUCCGAAAGAUCGACUCUUUUUCAACAAUCUGCAAGAAGUGAAUCCACCGACUCCACGUAUGACAGCGGCUGUAACUCAACUCGCGUAUCUCGCGAGGAUACCGCCAUAGGUACAGUUGAUUAAAUUAUUACUGGCUUUGUAUAUUUGCACUUGUUGCCUGAUGCCUCACAACCGAAAAAAGGCUGUCGUAAGUCAAGAAAUUAAUUUAGUUUCGCUAUAUUGUGUAGCGAUUCUUAAUCACUAAGAAUGAAAGAUUUUUGUUGGGGAUUUUGAGGUUGAACUCAAUGGCGUUAGAUGAAUCAAAUUUUAUUACGAACGCACUUUCAGCUUCUACAUUUAAUCAACACUUACGAAGAAUCCUAGUUCUUAGACUAAUUCUCGAAAUCCCUUGAUUAGUGUUUGAGCUGCUUGCUUGAAAAAAGACAUCAUGUUCAUUUGCAACUAACGCAGCGAAUUUUCUUCAUCACGGGAUAUCGAAUGGAUGAAACCUUCCGUACACAGAGUUAUGUGCUUGUAGUUGUGCAGUCUCGAUUGUAUAAGGAGAAUUUUUACAUUAUUUACAGCGUUUGUGUGCUCGUGCAUGCGAAUCAAUUCUUAAUCUAUGUAUCGCUUAUUAUUAACAUUAAUUUUAUGCGUUUAUUAUCUCAUUUUGUUAGGAUUAUUGUUACCAAAAUGUGCAUUGUUUCAGAUGCAAGUCCAAGAAAUUCUACGUCCAUUUCUGCAUAGGAAGUCUAGUGUAAUAAUUUAUGCUAUUUGAGUGCCGUGCCACGCAUAUUCAGCGUCAUUUUAAGCGCCUUUGGAACACAAAUUUUUCAACAAUCGUGCGUUGCUCUCAUAUAAUAUUCGUAACUGCUGCCACCUAACGAUUCUGAACUUUGAUCUGUUACAUAUGUCUGCUGUACUAUUAGAGGUACUUUAGUACAAUUAAUAUGACGACACUUCGACUGUUAAAUUAAGCUAACAUCGUGACUCUUUAUGAAAGCUUGUUUAAUUAUAUGGUAAAUUUAAAACUGUACUCUGAUGUUUUAUUCAUGUCGAAUGUAUCUCAUUUAGAAGCGGUUGUCUAAUGGCAUCUAAUCUGUCAAUUUAGUUGCUACAUUUGAUGGUGCUAUUUCCUUGUUUUAAAAUUUAUAGAUUAUUUAGGCAUUACAUAUUUCCGAUCAACUGUCUAAAUUGUGAUGGUGUUGCACAAGAAUCUGAAGCGUCAGUUUGUUAUUAUCCCGCUAAAUCUUAUUUUCUAUUAAAUAGGUUUGAGCGUUGGUUGGAACCAGGUGCUGAGUAUUGAAGGUGCUGAAUAUGUCAAGUGCUCCCUUGUGUGAUAACGUUCUUGAAUUGUAUUGUUGUUAGUGAUGAUAAAAUAUAAUCAAUGCUGGUGUCAAUAAGAGCGUAUUUUUAUGGUUUUCAAAUUAAAGUUCCUUUUUCCGGCUAAGCUAAUCUAUAACACAAAGACUUUGUAUUUCGAAUUAUAUUAACAGUUUUUCAUUUUAAUUAUUGUAAUAACCCUUACUACGAAAGUGCAUUAUAAACUCGAGUAUCUGAAGAUAUAUAAUUGGGAAUAUUAAGUAGUAGGUGCAAAUACCUUUUAACCUAAUACUAAUGACUCUAUGUUACACUAUAAAUACGGAUCUAAUUAUGGUUCUUGUUUUUAUAAUUAUUUUUGUGACAAUAAAAAUUUAUAUCUGGAGUUUGUCUCAUCAUUCCGAGAAUCUCACUAUUGUUAUUUAUGCAUAGGUUUUAGGAAGGAGGUAUGGAGUCACUAGUUAUUGUGGAACAUCCCCGGCGUGCUACGCCUGCUGAGGUGGCAUAUAAUGUGAUAUUGUAUUGUUGUGUUGACUUACUAAUUGUGUUUUUCCUAUUCGGAAUAAAGAUAUUCCUUUUCAA